AAUCGAGUUCAACUCAGACCCCUGAAAUAUACCAUUUUGCUACCGUUUCUCCUCUUCCUCCCCUUCCUCUUUAAAAUUAAUAAUAAUAAUAAUAAUAAUAAUAAUAAUAAUAGGCCAAUAAGCCAACUUGCACCCUCCCCCCUCUUUAAUCGUAGAAAGGGGAAGUCAAAAGGCAAACUUUAUUUGAUAGCUAUGGCAUUCAUAUUGGUAUUCAUAUCCAGAGUUGUGUAUCUCCCAAUCCAACCCAAAGUCAGACAAUACAGUUAAUAGGCAGUGACCUGAUCCUAGCUGUUGUUUAUGGACCCUAAUGCCAAGUCGCCCAUAAUUGUUUUGUCGCCAUUCCCCUUUCCCUUUAUUAGCUCCAAUACCAAUCUCAAUUGUACAAACAGACAAGCAACAGCGUUGGAUAGAGAGAUGAAGAUCCAAUGUGAUGCGUGUGACAAAGACGAGGCAUCUCUAUUCUGUCCUGCAGAUGAAGCCGCUCUCUGCCAUGCCUGUGACCUUACAAUCCACCAUGCUAACAAGCUCGCAAUCAAGCACACGCGCUUCACUCUCCACCAGCCUUCCUCCAAAGACACCCCUCGCUGCGAUAUCUGCCAAGAAAGGCGUGCAUAUCUGUUUUGCAAAGAAGACAGAGCAAUACUUUGCAGAGAAUGCGAUGUUCCUAUCCACAAAGCCAACGAACACACGCAGAACCAUAGCAGGUUCCUUCUCACUGGUGUGAAGCUCUCUGGUUCCUCUCUCGACACGGCUUCAUCAUCAUCAGUCACCAGCUCAACUGAGGCAAGAAGCUCCCGUUCAAGAAUGAAGAGACCCACUGCUUUCAAUAAUGAGCACAAUAUGUCUGCGGCUACUACUAGUAAUAGUGACACCGGUUCGGCUUCCUCAAGCAGCAUAUCCAAAUUCUUGAUUGAAACCAUUCCCGGUUACUGCUUCGAAGACCUUCUCGAUGCUUCCUUUCCACAUAAUAAUGGUUUCUGUAAGAAUCAACAUUUCAUGUCAGUGACAAUAUGUGGUUAUUAUUUUCAACCUGGAUUGUUUCCCAGAUCAGUUCUGUAGUUGGAGUUCGAUGUCAAGGAAUCUGGAAAUUACUGAUACAGAAAGUUUUUGGCUCUAGAGUUCCUCAACUUAGUCAUCCGAUCUUCAUUAACAACUAAUUGUAAAAAUCUGUUCCAAAAUAUCCUCUUUCUGCUUUUCUACAAUUCGCACUUGUUUGUGUUUAUUUGUCCAUAUCUUUACAUUUUUUUUUAAUCGUCAUUUUUGACGUUUGAUUUCAGACCUGUUGUUUCUUAAUUUAUUUUUCAUUAAAUAUUAAGUACAGAACUGGAUGAAAUAGUCUACUUUAUUUUCUUCCUUAAAAUGUAAGUCAGCAUACAUCUUUUACGGUUUUAGCACUUAAUUGCUGAGAGAAAAGUUGCUGCUUCACGCAUACAAAAAGGUAGUUGCUGUCCCUUCAAAGAACACUCAAUUUUUUUAUAGUUGUUGCUCAAUGCUAAUAAAACCGACAGCAUUUCAUAGUUGUAAUACGGUGUUUGUCGGUUAUGAUAGUCGAGCAUUCAUAAGCAUUUAGAUUGCUUAUGGAUUGUUUACUCUCAAUUCAGAAGACUAUUAUGUGAAUUAUUCAUGUACUUUUAUGUAACACCCCAAACUAAGUUAUUAAAGCCUUUGAGUAGGUGUUACACAUUGAGAAGAAAUCUCAUUUAAGUAUUAUGUCAAGUAAAAAAAGAUAAAAAAAAAAAAGAAGACACGUUUGAUAGAAACACAGUAUCCUAUGAACCUUAGUUCUUAGUAUUCAAUUAAAUAUCUAAAGAAAAAUAAUUGAAGAAAUAGAAUACGCCAUAAAUUAAAUAUUUGUCAAAAAAAAAAAAAACUCUCAAUCUUGUGUAUCUCCAGUUCAUUUAUUGGAUUUUUAAAUGAAAAGCAUGGCAUCUACUAUAUUU